CUCCGGUGGCCAUCUUGGAGGCGGGGACGCGUGCAGGCGAGCUCCUUCCUGCAGCUUCCUCGUCGUAUCCGGGUGGUAGUCUUAGCGCCGUGACCUCCCUGUCCCCCGCUUUUCGGCUGCCACGCAGACACUCUCGAGGGUCCCCAGAAGGAAGAUGAAUGACCAGUAGAAAAAUAGGGAGAUGAAGAAAAGAGAUAUCUCUGGCAGGGAGUGAUAAAGUCCCCAGAAGGCCGUCUCUGUCCCGUGUUGUCCAGCUUUGGUGUACAGUAUACUGUAACUGAAGAAAAAUGAUGGAAGAGAGUGGAAUAGAGACAACACCCCCUGGGACUCCUCCGCCACAUCCUGCCAGCCUGGCUGCAGCUGCACCGUCCUCCGCCCCAGCUCCUUUAGCUGCGACCAGUUCCUUUUCUUCUCCAGAUGUGUCCUCUCUGCAGUCCCUGCCGCCACACGCCUACUCGACCCCCCAGCCGUCCCUGCCCCCUGUGAGGCCCUCAGCACCCAUGCCUUUUGUGCCUCCCUCACCAGUUCCUUCGGUUCCAGCCCUUGUUACUUCUGUACCCCCUCCUGUGCCUCCACCACCUGCUGCUGCCUUCAGUACUCCUCCUCUGUCCCACUUCCCGCCUUCAACUUCUGCCCCGAGCGCUCUGUUAUCUGCGCCCUCUUCUGGUCCUCCUACAUCAGGAUUUUCUGUGGGUUCAACUUACGACAUCACGAGGGGACAUGCAGGAAGAGCUCCCCAGACACCUCUGAUGCCCUCGUUUUCUGCACCUCCUGUAACAGGUAUUUUGCCAGCUCCCAUUACUCAGCAAGCCAGUUUGACAUCCCUGCCGCCGGGACCUGGAACCACAUCAGCCAUUACUUUUCCAGAGGAACAAGAAGAUCCUAGAAUUGGUAGAGGUCAGGAUGAAGCAUCUGCUGGUGGACUCUGGGGUUUUAUUAAGGGUGUGGCCGGGAAUCCGAUGGUAAAGUCUGUGCUUGAUAAAACCAAACAUUCAGUAGAAAGCAUGAUUACAACGCUGGACCCUGGCAUGGCUCCAUAUAUCAGAUCUGGAGGUGAACUGGAUAUUGUAGUGACCUCAAAUAAAGAAGUAAAAGUUGCUGCCGUCCGAGAUGCCUUCCAGGAGGUCUUUGGCUUAGCUGUGGUUAUAGGGGAAGCUGGACAGUCCAAUAUUGCCCCACAACCAGUGGGCUAUGCAGCUGGAUUAAAAGGCGCUCAGGAGCGGAUAGAUAGCUUGCGGCGAACUGGAGUGAUCCAUGAAAAGCAGACUGCUGUGUCUGUAGAAAACUUCAUUGCAGAAUUGCUACCCGACAAGUGGUUUGACAUUGGUUGUUUGAUAGUUGAAGAUCCCGUCCAUGGCAUUCAUCUAGAAACGUUUACUCAGGCCACGCCAGUGCCUCUGGAGUGUGUACAACAGGCUCAAAGUCUGACUCCCCAGGACUACAAUCUGAGGUGGUCAGGCCUUUUGGUGACAGUGGGCGAGGUCCUGGAAAAGAGUUUACUAAAUGUCAGCCGGACUGAUUGGCAUGUGACUUUCACUGGCAUGUCUCGUCGACAGAUGAUCCACAGUGCAGCGAAGGCACUAGCGGGCAUGUAUAAACAGCGCCUGCCGCCCAGGACCCUGUGAGAAAAGACUGAGCCCGGAUGCUGACGCUCCUCACUUGGGGCUCGAUAGUAAAGAAGAGAUUGUACCUUCUUAAAUGGGAUAACCUCGGUGAAUCCAGCAGUUUUGAUGGUUUUCCUUUAGGCUGCAGGGGUUUUUUUUUUCUUAGAAAGACAUGGUGUCAUUCCAGUAGAUGAAAAUAAACACAUCCUUUUUAUGAUGAUAGAAUUUCAUAUACUGUAGUUCUCAAAAAAAAUUAUAUAAAUAUUUUUAUAGGACAGUUUGAUAUACCAAAUUUAUAAGGUGCAAAUUCAUGUGCUAAGACAUUUAACUUAAUUAUAUGUACUUGAUUGUUUUUUAAGACAUAGUUAAUUAAAGAACAUGUGUACUGAAUAUUCUUUAAAAGCAUUGUUUCUUUUAAUUCAUGAUUAAUCUUGUCACUGUCAGGCUUUGAAGCUUUCUGUGCACGUGAUCUUAGGCCUGAUGCUGAGUGGUGUGCUCAACAAUCUACCUGAAGACACCCGCUUGGUGGGAGACGGCGUGCGUUUCUAUGCAUAUUUUUAACAUGGGCCAAAGUAACAGAAUUGAUCCUUUUCUUUUUGGUUGUCGUGUACACACAGUCUGAAAAAUUCUACUUUUUUCUUUUGUUUAAAUAAGUUUUGGCAUUUCAUAGAUUUAUACUAUGAACAUUAGGGUAAUACAUUUUAUUCUUCAUUGCUGUAUGGCAACUAAGUGGCAAAUCAUUCAAUUAUAUUUUAAAUCAGAAGCAUUUGUGUUAUUUUCAUAUAAUACUGUGCGCUGCUUCCAAGAAGACUUGACAACAGCCGUUGUUUGUGCUUCCACUCUAUUUUCCUAACUGUAAUAGAGAAAUCUGAGAGGGAAUUACUUUGUUGUUGAUGAAAUGGUAUGUUUCUUAUUUUAGUUAAGGUUACUUCUCAUUUAGUUUGCCUUAAACACUGCUUUUCUAAGUUUGUGCCAUUCUGCCUUUACUUUUUAUGAAAGUUUUCAAAGAAACUGUUUUGUAUUCAAUCUGGUUUGUUUAGUCCAUUAUGUUUGUGUCUAGUGUAAAAGCUUUUUUUCUCCCCCAAUAAUAUAUAUUUUACCACUUUUCAAUUUAUACAAAUCAAAAUUAAAUAGCUUGUCUUAUACUUUUCAACUCUAUGCAUUCAAAUAACUUUUUGACAAUAAUUUCUUAUAUAAAUGUAAUUUAAUUUUUAUUUACUCUUUUAUACAGUUCUCUAGAUGUGAAAGAAUUAGCACAGUCUUAUAAAGGGUGUUGAGCCUCUUAUCCUGCCUGUCACCAUUACAUGUAAUGUUUGCUUUGUAUUAACAUUACUUCAAAUACUUAUUUGAUUUUUGCUAUUUUUUUUCCUGAGUCUGAGAAAAAUAAGUAUUAAUUUUGCAACUAUGGUAUAUGUUAAUUUCCAAGCACUGUGUAAUGACUGUUCAGUGAAAUUCACACUUCUGUGUCAUUAAAAGUAAUGAGAGAGAGAAAAGAGAUGUAACCAGUUGCAAUGGCAUAAUAGGGACAGAAUACUUUUUCCCCCUCUACUGGUAUUUAUUAACACUGCAUCUAUAUUUUCUCCAUUUUUCAUGAAUAAGAAAAAGAAGGCUUUCCCCUCCAUUUGCUUCUAUCUUUUAUUUUUCAAAAGCUACCCUUUUGUAACAGUAUUUUUAUCAUGACAUAUUUUAUUUGCCUGAUGACAAAUCAUGAUUAAAGAUGAAGGGAAGUAUGUCCUACUUAAAAUCUUUCUGCUACUUUCCCUCCUAUUACAGGGAAAUUUUACAGAUCCUAAAAAUGUCUGAGUUUUAAUUUUCUUUUCAUCUCACUAAGUCUUGAAGAUCUUACUCGAUGCUUUUGAGGGUUGUUUUCAUAGAACCACAGACACUGACAUCGCAUCCCACUACACUUUCCCCAGAAUCCUCAGAUGGCGGUGGCAGUUACCCUGUGGCUGGGUUGAAGGCAGAUAAUUUCCCUGCACCUGGUGCUUGGAUAAGCCUUCUGUUCCCUGGAACAGUGUGAGCGGGUGAGGAGGAUUAGGAAAGGGCAGAUGGAAAAGAUAAACACGUCAUCUGGUUCUGGCCGCUCUGAUUCUUGUUUUGGCCCAGAGUUAUCUUUGAAAGGCAUCAGAGCAUGACUGACUCCACAUGCUCAGCCUUACCAACCCCUUGUGUAUUUUUUCAUCCUUAGAUUUCCAUUUUGUUCAAAGGGCAAGAAAAGGAACUCAUUAUCUCUCACACACCACAGCAGCUUAGCCAGGCGGUCUUUUAAUGUUGGUAUUUUGGCAUAAGAUAUGCUGAUCCUCAUUCUAUGGCCAUAGUGCCCUUGUCAUCCUAAGCUACCCCUUGUUCUUCUGUCUCCCUGUUCAUUUCCUUAGAACGCCCACGUUAGCAUUCUUUAGGGAGAGUUGGACUGGGAGCUAUUUGCUUUCUUCUCCCUCAAGCUUUUUAGGAAAACCUGUCUUUAACACAGUUCUUUACCACUGUUGUUUUGGUCAUGUUUGUGAUAUAUUUUUUUUUCCUCUAAAGUGCUCCAGGAACUAUUUAUUGAAUUUUAUAAGCUUGUACACUUUUUUGUUUUGAGCAAGAUUAGCCCUGAACUAACAGCUGCUGCCAGUUCUCCUCUUUUUGCUGAGGAAGACUGGCCCUUAGCUACCAUUCGUGCCCAUCUUUGUCUACUGUGGGACGCCUGCCACAGCAUAGCUUGACAAGCGGUGCAGAAGUCUGCACCCAGGAUCCGAACCGGCGAACCCCAGGCCGCCAAAGCAGAACGAGUGAACUACUGCACCACCGGGCCAGCCCCAAGCUUGUAUACCUUUUAAAUUAAAUAGUGUGAAAAAACAUGAAAAAUGCAGGAAGAGUAAUUUAAUGUCAACCUCAGUUGAUAAGAAGGUACUUAGAUUAUUCAGUUCAGGAUCCCCCAUUCUUAAGUUUGUCAGGUAAGCCUGGACCUAGAGCUGUGCCGCAGACUUCUGGAGCUGGAAAGCUUUAGACAGUGCUAGUGGUUUUCUCUUCUGAGUCUUUUAUUAAUUCUUCCCCCUUCUUUGUUCCUCUUUCAAGGAUUAAUGAGGUAGAAAAUUGAGAUGAAUGAAUAUACACAAAAUGGUAGUAUGAUAGGAUAAGUAGAGUACAGAUGAAAACAAUAUGUACAUCUAUUAAAAGUUAUGCAAAUUAGUGAUAUACUCAGGGUCAACUAAAUUACUUUAAUAUGUUAUUGAAUUUACUUUCUUUUUGGCUAGAAAAAAUUCUAAACUGGAGUUGUUCUUUGAAGCCAAACUGAUAAAUAUUCUAUGUUCUAAAAGAUGUUGGGUUAUGCAUAAAUUAAGAAACUUGGAUUUUUACUCUCGUAUAUGGUUUUCAUUUUUAAGAUACUGUGCAGGAUGAUGUAUUGGAUAAAACCAAUUUUGUAAGUAUGUAAAUAUGUCAUAAAUAAAUAAUACCUCAACUUA